AUGUUCUUGCAACGCUCCGCCGUGGCUGUCGCGCGCCGCGCCGCCUUCUCCCCCGUGCUGCGACGCACCCUGGCCACGUCGGCCGUACGCCCGACGGCUCCGACCACUAAAUUCAAGAGACUCAGCGAGGUCAAGACGAAGGACGAUCUCUUCGGCCCCGGCGCGGCUACCGGCACUGUCCCCACAGACCUUGAGCAGUCGACUGGUCUGGAGCGUCUCGAGAUUCUCGGCAAGAUUGAGGGCAUCGAUGUCUUCGACAUGAAGCCGCUGGAUGCGUCGCGUCUCGGAACACUUGAGGACCCCAUCUUGGUCCGCUCUGCCGGUGACGAGCAGUACUGCGGCUGCACUGGUUUCCCGGCCGACUCGCACGAGGUUAUCUGGCUGACGACGUCCCGCGAGCGCCCGGUUGAGCGUUGCCCAGAGUGCGGCAGCGUUUACAAGAUGGAGUAUGUCGGACCCGAGGAGGACGCGCACGCGCACGACCACGGUCACGGCCACGACGAGCACGCCUGGGUCGAGCCCAAGACCUGGGCCGACCACGUCAAGCCCAGCUACUGGUAA